AUGUCUCGCUACAGCACCCGCGCCCACGACCGCGCCCGCUUCGACACCGCCAUGCGCACAAUGACACAGCACAUCCGCGCCUCCACACUCCAAUACCACCACCUUCGCGACACGCUCGAGAGGCACACAGACCACCGCCGCCGCACCGACAUGCCAUAUCGCGACCUAAUGCAGCGCUACGAGCCCAUCAUGCACGGAAUUGCCGACCUUAUCCGAGAUGCGCAGGAUGCUGUCAGGCGUGCGGAGGAUGCGUGGGCGCAGGGCCGGGGGGCGAGGUAUUAUGAGGAGGUGGAGAGGGCGGGGAGGAGGGUUGGGAGGGCGGAUGGGGCGUUGGAGGGGGUGGUGGAGGCGUUGGGGUAUAGGUAG